CUUAAAUCAGAAUCUGCAUGAAUCUGCUGAGCCACCAUGUGACACCUUUUGCGUGGUUGCAACUCUACUGCCUUUUCUUUUUCGUGCAGGAUAUAUUUCAGUGCAUUGGCUGGCUCCGCAGCCAUAUUGGCAGGAUCAAGGUGGAAGGUGCAGAAAAACAAAUGUCGCAGACUUGGGCCAAGAAGUCUUGGGAAAGACCCGAGAAAUGGAACUGGGCAUGGGACUCAUGGAGCAAGCCAAGGUCAUAUGGACAGAAAUGGUCCUGGCACUCUCGCAAGGAUAGAGGAGAGAGGCUUCAUGGAUCUACUGAACCCAAAAGACCUGAGGAGCACCCAUUGGCUGAGGACCAGAAAAGAAGUUCGGAGGUGGAGGACUGGAACGACCAGCUCGAGGAUGAGGUCGGUGAUGCAGGCGGUGACACAAAGGACUCAAGCAUAGAAAAGACCCAAGAGGUUCCUCAAGAGGCUGGUCAAGCUGGGGAGGAGCCAGAUCAAGAUGGUGUUCCUAGCUGGUUGAAAGCUUAUUAUGAAAGGAAAGACCUUUCGGAUGGAAAGGGGGUAGAAGCCUCAGAUGAUUGGCAAGCGCAAUCCUAUGUGGAUCCAAGCUGGUUAGUUUGGAAUACAGAGAUGGCGUGGGCUUUUGGUGCUGAGGGUUCUUCAGAAGCGCAAACCAUGUUUGGAGAAGGCUUUGCUUCGCCAUGGCUUUCUUCGGAUGCGUGGAAUACCAAGGAGGGAGAGAGCUCCGAGGCCAAUGAGAAUGCCGCGAAUGCCCAAUGGGAGCGCUCUCAGUGGUGCGGAAAGCGGCACGAAUUGGUGCCCAAGAAGGCAAAUCUCAAGGAGCAGUUCGAGAAAGGUGAGACAAAACUCGAAACUACUUUGAUGCUUAGGAAUGUUCCCAAUGCUUAUGACCGCGAGACCCUGAUGGAAGAGCUUGAUAGUGUUGGCUUUGAAGGAUUAUUCAACUUCCUUUAUUUGCCAAUCGACUCUGCCACAAAGAACAACGUGGGGUAUGCAUUUGUCAACUUUAAAGAUGAAAGCAGUUGCCGAGACUGCAAGAAGAGAAUGGAUGGCUACUUCUUCAAGGGGCAGCCUUACAACAGAAAGAGAGCUGCCAUUGUGUCAGUGGCACACUUGCAAGGCUUAGCAGCCAACUUGGAACACUACAGCCGAACCCAAGUCUUCUAUGCGCCUUUGCCUUGCCAAAGGCCUUGGGUUGCACCAAGUGCUGCCAAAGAGCUGCUUGAGAAAGGAUGUAGUUGGGCCCCGGCCGAUUUUGCCAAGUUGGUCGAAGAUGCAGCGGCCCGUCCGGGCACGCAGCAAGAUGAACAGUCCUUCCACAGAAGACGUAUGCGAGAGCAAUCUGAGCAAUGGUGGCCUAUCUUCACUGAAGCUCAAGCUUAUGAGAUGGCAAUGACCUACUACUUUGCUCCGGAGCUGUUGGGUGAGGAUAGCGGCUUGGCUCAGUACCACAAUCCUGGCCAGAUUUCCCGCGAGCCUGAGGCACCAAGAAGUGAGGAGAAAAGUAGCCAGGACAAGAGUGGUGACCUUGUAGAUCGUUUGUCGCAAAUGUUGAGAACCGGGAGUCAUCAGGUUCCAGUGGACGGUGAGGGUGAGGACGACGCUGACGAGUCACCAGUCGAAAAGACGCAGCCGUGGUUUGGGUGGCCAGAAUUUCUAGACAUGGAGAGAACUUGCUCUUCAACAUCAAAUGUGCCCAAGAACAUGGACUGCGAAGCUGGGGCUCCUCCAGUGCCGUCACUCACCCUGGAACUGCUCAACGUGCCCUUGAGUACCACUGAGUGGGACCUGCGUCAAAUCAUCGAACAUGUUGGAGUUCAUUCCCCAAUCUGGGUGCAAUUUGAGGCAGGUGCAACUCCUGACCAAAGAAGAGUCACAUUGCACUUCAGUAACAAAAUGGACCUGGAGAUUGCAGAUGUUACUUUGAGUGAGACUUGUUGGAAUCCAGAGGAUGGCGGAGCUCGCAUCAAAAUCUACCGCCCAGACGAGGUUCCUUGGACAGUUGCUAUGCCAUGGGAUUUUGCAGGCACAGAUGCAAGUAAGUCUUGGAUUUUUCCACCAAGCAAAGAAGAUGUCAAUGAAGUGAUCAAUGGCCCGGAUAGCGAGGGCAUUUGCCCUGACUCUCCUGCUCCCGCCCGAUCAGAGCAAAGCUUUGGUCGCGAGGAGUUUGAGAAACACUGGCCCAGUAUCUCUGCUGGCAAUUUGCAUGCUAAAUCAUAGGUGUACAAUGAGAUCACCUAGAAGCGGCAGAUGGUAGCACAAGCCCUUGCAUGAGUUGCACAUGUAUAGAUUUGGGGGGAGUGUUCACAGAUUCACACAUUGCACACCUUACCUGAGGAUGACGAUUUGGUUGCCGAUUGGGG